GUCCGAAUGAGCUUUAGCAAAAAAGAUUUCCCAAGCUCAAGUAAAGAAAAAGAAAGUUAUAUAUAUAAUUGUAGAAAUAAAAAAGAAAAAGAAAAAGAUCUCUAUUUUUAGUCUUAAAUUCUGAUCUCUCCGUGCCAUCAAACCACAAACCAGAGCUUAGUAGAACAGACUCAGUGUUUGUAUUUUCACUUGAAGGUCAAAUCUAAAUCCCCCGUCCAUGGAAUGGAACCUCCUAAUUUCUUCUCUUUUUAAAUUGCUUGUUUAUUUUAUUUGUCGAAAUUUUCUCCCUUCUUAUUCUUUGAUGAAUUGAGAUUGGAAAGAACAAAAUUGGGUUUUCUUUUAAUUACAGAGAAGUAAACAAAUAUUUAUGACGGGAGGACAAGGGGAUACCGGAAAUGGGAUUGAGGCGGUGGCUGGAUCAAAUAAUCCAAGACCGGAGACCGCAGCUCCACCAUCGGAAGGGGGUGGUCCGGCGGGUUCUGCAGCGGAGGCAGGUAAGAAGAAGAGGGGGAGACCGAGGAAGUAUGGGCCGGACGGGAAGUUGAAUGUGGCGGCACUGUCGCCGAAGCCCAUAUCGGCGUCGGCACCGGCACCGGCAGCUGUUAUUGAUUUCUCGGCGGAAAAACGUGGAAAAGUGCGGCCGGCGAGUUCCUUGACCAAAACCAAAUAUGAAGUGGAGAAUUUAGGUGAAUGGGUACCUUGUUCUGUUGGUGCCAAUUUUACACCCCAUAUCAUCACCGUAAGCAGUGGGGAGGACGUAACAAUGAAGGUUCUCUCAUUCUCUCAACAAGGACCUCGAGCAAUCUGCAUUCUGUCUGCUAACGGCGUGAUUUCGAGCGUAACGCUUCGUCAACCCGACUCCUCCGGUGGAACCUUAACAUAUGAGGGUCGUUUUGAAAUAUUGUCGUUGUCGGGAUCAUUCAUGCCGAGUGACAGUAUAGGAACAAAGAGCAGAAUUGGUGGAAUGAGUGUCUCCUUAGCAAGCCCAGACGGACGAGUUGUUGGUGGUGGAGUUGCUGGUUUGUUAGUAGCUGCAAGUCCAGUUCAAGUGGUUGUAGGAAGCUUUAUAUCUGGUAACCAACAUGAGCAAAAGCCGAAGAAGCCAAAACACGAUGUUGUAUUACCGGUUUCUACAUUUCCAAUCUCUAGUGUUGAACCAAAAUCAUACAAGACGACGACAACUAUGACAACAUCUUCGUUUCGUGCGGAAACAUGGUCACCUAAUGUAGUUCCAGAUUUAAGAAGUCAACCAACUGAUAUCAAUGUAUCAUUAACUAGUGGUUGAUAUAUAUUGUCGUUGUAUUGUUCAACCAUUACUGACCACAUCGUUGUCGAGGUUCUAUCCUGAGUAGGUGUCAUUGUUUGUUGUUUACGUUGAUGGACGAUUGACAAUUUUUUUUUUCUUUUUACAAGUAGUAUUUUAGUUUUGACACUCCUUUUUAGGUAGUAAUUGAAAGAUAUAUCAUUGUCUAGGGCUUCAACUAUGUUACGUAAUGUAGAAUAUAUAGUUUGAUUGCAAAAUUCUAGAUUCAACCUUUUAAUUUAAACUUGAUGGAUUCAGAUUUA